GCAGGAUCUGUCUGAAGUGGUCGAAUCAGAGCGGAGCUCUGGCCGCAGUUCGCCUACAACGACGGUCGGACGUGUAACUUAUACAGAGUUGAAGAAAUACCAGGCGAAAAAGAAAAGGCAGGAGGGGGUAUAUGUGUGUGAGAGAGGGGGUAGGCUGCAUUGGGAGCAGCUAUGGGUGAGAUAGAUGGCACCUACCGCUCCUUGCAGACCCCUGCAGGGACACGGCUCGGGGCUCAGUACAACACAGGCAUCAGCACCCUGGAGCCCGGGCAGAGCCUCAGUUCGGCUAUGGGAGCAGGAGGGAAAGGCCACAACAAGAGCCUGGAGAUCCGCGUCCAGGGCCUAGAUGAUGCUCAGGAGUUCUAUGAGCUCGAGUCAAAAGCGGAUGGGCAGACUCUUUCAUCUGAAGUGUACAGACGGAUCAAUCUCAUUGAGAGCGAUUAUUUUGGUCUGGAGUUCCAGAACCUGCAGAUGAACUGGGUUUGGCUGGAGCCCACCAAGCUCAUAGUGAAACAAGUGAGACGGCCAAUGAACACACUCUUUCGGCUGUCGGUGAAGUUCUUUCCUCCAGAUCCUGGUCAGCUUCAGGAGGAGUUUACUAGGUACUUGUUUUCUCUGCAAAUCAAGAGGGAUCUAAUGGAGGGACGACUGAACUGUACGGAAAACACUGCUGCCCUGCUGGCUUCUCAUUUGGUGCAGUCUGAGAUUGGUGACUACGAUGACAUAGCAGACAGGGAAUUUGUGAAGAUGAAUAAACUGCUGCCCUUUCAGGAGCGUGUGCAAGAAAAGAUAAUGGAGCUCCACCGCAGACACAUUGGACAGACUCCAGCAGAAUCAGAUUUCCAGGUUCUGGAGAUUGCUCGUAAAUUGGAGAUGUAUGGGGUUCGCUUUCAUCCUGCCGCUGACCGAGAAGGCACCAAGAUCAAUCUGGCUGUCGCACACAUGGGCCUGCAGGUUUUUCAGGGCCACACCAAAAUCAACACCUUCAACUGGUCUAAGAUUCGGAAGCUGAGCUUCAAGAGGAAACGAUUUUUAAUUAAAUUGCACCCAGAAGUUCAUGGUCCUCAUCAGGAUACGCUGGAGUUUCUAAUGGGCAGUCGAGAUCAGUGUAAGAUCUUCUGGAAGAACUGUGUGGAAUAUCAUUCUUUUUUCCGUCUGUUUGAUCAGCCUCAGCCCAAAUCCAAAGCCAUCUUCUUCAGCAGAGGAUCCUCCUUCAGAUACAGUGGGCGCACACAGAAGCAGCUUGUUGAGUAUGUGAGGGACAUCGGGUUGAGAAGAACUCCUUACCAGAGGAGGAACAGUAAGGUUUGCAUGUCGACACGUUCCUUGGCUUCUGAUGUGCCAAAACAGAAUCUGUCUUUUAAUGACAGUCUAAGGUCUCCAGUACCUCCUUCCUCUGUCACCGCCUCCUUCCACUCGCUGCAUGCCCCCAGCUCACCCAUGCGGAUGGAGACCCCGAACCAGCACGUGCAUCUCCAGCAGACACAGCAGCCCGCCAGAGCCCCCAGCCCACUGCAGCAGGACUCCAUCGAGACCAACCCCCAAUCCACCUAUGCCUUCCCAGACUCUACUGACAUCCCACAGCUCUCUCCCUUCAACACCAAGGGUCCUCUGUGUAUGUCGCCCUCUUUCCAGAUGUCCACUCUCAGUCUUCCCGGCCAGGCGCCUUCACCGCUGCAGAGCCCCUUCCUGAAUGAGGUGGGCACUGCCAGACUUGAGGAAGACGAAGAGGGCAGGAGGAAGAGAUAUCCCACCGACAAAGCCUACUUCAUUGCUAAGGAGAUUCUGACAACAGAGCGGACUUACCUGAAGGAUCUGGAGGUCAUCACAGUGUGGUUCCGGAGUGCAGUGAUUAAAGAAAACGCAAUGCCCGAGGGUCUCAUGACCCUACUGUUCUCCAAUAUUGACCCCAUCUACGAGUUCCACAGAGGUUUUCUCAAAGAGAUUGACCAAAGGCUGGCUCUCUGGGAGGGGCGCUCUAAUGCUCAUGUAAAAGGAGACUACCAACGAAUUGGAGACGUUAUGCUGCGCAACAUGUGUGCUCUGAAGGAGUUCGUAGGCUAUCUGCAGAAGCAUGAUGAGGUGUUAACGGAGCUUGAGAAAGCCACAAAGCGUGUGAAGAAGUUGGAGACGGUGUAUAAAGAGUUUGAGCUGCAGAAGGUGUGCUACCUGCCUCUCAACACCUUCCUGCUGAAACCCAUUCAGAGACUCAUGCACUACAAACUCAUCCUGGAGCGUCUGUGUAAGCAUUACGCUCCCCAGCACAGAGAUUACGAUGACUGCGAAGAGGCUCUGAAAGAGGUUGCAGAGAUCGCUGCUCGGCUGCAGAGCAGUCUGAUUCGACUGGAGAACUUUCAGAAGCUGACUGAACUUCAGAGAGAUCUGAUUGGCAUUGAGAACCUUACGGCUCCGGGGAGAGAAUUUAUCAGGGAAGGUUGUCUCUACAAACUCACCAAGAAGGGUCUGCAGCAGAGGAUGUUUUUUCUCUUUUCAGACAUGCUGCUAUACACAAGCAAAGGGGUGACUGCAACCAAUCAGUUCAAAGUUCAUGGACAGCUUCCCCUGCAUGGGAUGAUUGUGGAGGAGAGUGAGAAUGAGUGGUCCGUUCCUCACUGUUUCACCAUAUAUUCUGCUCAGCGGACCAUUGUGGUGGCAGCUAGCUCCAAAGUAGAGAUGAACAAAUGGAUUGAAGAUCUGAACAUGGCUAUUGACAUGUCAAAGAAAUGUCAAGAGAAAUCAGAUCUUCUGUUGGACCCAAACCUGUGUGAUCGUUCCAACAGAUCAUCAGAUGAAGUGUCUCUGGAGCAGGAGUCAGAGGAUGACAUGAACUCUUCCCGCUGCUCUCUGGACAAGCAGAGCCACCACAGGGCCAACACCACCAUGCAUGUGUGCUGGCACCGCAACACCAGCGUCUCUAUGUCUGACCACAGCCUAGCCGUGGAGAACCAGCUGUCUGGUUACCUCCUAAGGAAGUUCAAGAACAGCAACGGCUGGCAGAAACUCUGGGUCGUCUUCACCAACUUCUGCCUGUUCUUCUAUAAGACACACCAGGAUGACUUCCCUCUGGCCAGUCUGCCGUUGCUGGGUUACACAGUCAGCACCCCAGGAGAAUCGGAUAGCAUCCAUAAGGAGUAUGUCUUCAAGCUGCAGUUCAAAUCCCAUGUUUACUUCUUCAGGGCAGAGAGCGAGUAUACAUUUGAAAGAUGGAUGGAGGUGAUCAAAAGUGCAGCGAGCUCCGUGGGACGCAUGAGUCUGCUUGCACCCAAAGGCCCAGCAGAGAUGAACGGGGGAAGCUGAUUGUGUCAGACAGGUUUCCUGGAGCCGAGGGCUGGGCCCACUGUCUGCCAGAACCAAACACAGCAUCAUUUUAUCCCUUCUGAUCUGAGAAGCAUCAUCAUCAUCAUAACUUGAUUCUUGACUCUGGACUGUUAGGUCUCUGCUUGCUGGGAGUUUGAGCUGCUUAUAGAAACCUCGGACCGGAGCAGUUGGUCGGAAAUUAAGCGCUCUGUAAUUCUGUCCCGCCGUUUCUUUUCUCCUCGUCUUUUCACUAAUGAAACAAAAAGUGGGCAUCUUGCUGUUCUAGAAGCAUAUUAGACUGAAAUAAUUCUUAUAGAAACACAAUAGACUGAAUUAAGUGAAGAUUGUGUGUUUUCCUUAAAGAUCCAGAGAUAAUCUUGCUAAGGUUACUCUUAUUGCUGUAUAUAGAGGAAUCUGUCAUUAGGAUGAUAUUUAAUGACUCUUGUUACUCCAGUUUAUUCAGUAGAAAUCUAGUCCCACAGGACCACAACAAUAGUUUCUAUUAUUUGUCCUGGGACAACCUGACUGAAUACUACUGAAUGGAGUGUUGACAAACAGAGGGUUUGUAUUACGUUUAGCUGGUACAGUAAGUGAGAUAAAGGACUAGCGCUGUAAAACGUGUCUCGCUGAUGAUGAAACCGUGUAAAGUUAGUCCGAGAGCAUGUUUACAGCGCGUAGCUCAGAAACUGGAGUUCUGUGAUCGUGAGAUGUUGGUACAGGAAGGAAUCAGUGAGGAAUAGAAAUGUUAUUUUGAUGUUGAGGCAGCUGAAUUGGCUUGUACAGUAUGUGCUGUCCUCUUCCAGAGUUGGUUAAAGCAUGUCCUGUAGGUCAUUAUUAAGUGACUGUUACUGUUUAGGGGAUUUUUAAGUUCUUUUUGAUCUCACGGCAUCGAUUUUCGUUCAACCUGAAAACCUAAUCCGAUAUUUAUUUUAAAGUGAAGACUGACCAAAAAACAACUAACCAAACUAAAUGUAAUGUUUUAAAUGAUGUAUUCACAAAUGUCACUCAUUUAGAUUUUCGGAAUACUUGACGGAUAAUAAGCUCCAGUCUAAACUAAGUCAUCCGAAGUGUAGUAUUGCACUUUUCUCUUGGUUUCUGCCAUUUACACACAGGGAAGAGGAAAUGGUUCUGGUGAAGUUCACGUUUGGUCAAAGUUGAAGUUAAAACGAAACGGUCAGCCACUAAAUCCAACAUUUAAACUGGGAUCCCUAAAACUGCUUGUUUGCCUAUUAUAUUGUAUAUGAGAUGUUUUUUUUGUUUUUUAAAGCAUAUUAAUAGUUCAUUCUCUACGAUCUAUUAAUCAACAAACAUUUUUUUUUCUUUCUUUUCACUAUAAAUGUUACGGUCUCGUUUUGUUGGAAGGCCAGUUGAGUUAUUUGUUUCAGUAGCAUGAUGAAGCUCCAGUGUUUUGUUUACUUGUCUGCUUCACUUUAUGAAGAAGAUCUGUACGACAUCUGAUUUGGGAGACAUUUUUUUUUUUUUUUUUGCCUUUUUGGAUUAUUGGUUGUAUUUAUAAGGCUUUUGGCUUUGUCCGUUCAACAUGCUGUACAGGGUCCAACCAAAGACCUGAAGAAGUCUUGCGUAAGCCUGAAAAAGGUUUAACACAUUAAGCAGUGUUGCUUUGUAUAUUCAUAACAAUAAACUGUAUGCAGCUAUCAUCUCGACAUGAGCUCAGCUAGUCUGAUGUGUUCACUAAUGCACUGUUUGGGCUCAUGGUCUCCACCCAUUUUUGUACAUUUUAUGGUGCAAGGACUGGAAUCAUUUUCUUCCUCGUUUUUCUGUAUCUGGCAAUAAGAAGGAUGGAUGAAGGGUUCUUUUCCAUCCUGGAUUGCUAAGCAUGAGAAAAGGGAGUUUACUCAAAGACCUCGGUUUCCUGUCUCAUUCAGAGGCGUUAAACUGAGUUUUGAUGAAAUCACUUUUUCCAGCUUUCCUAUUUAUUUUGUGUAGCAUGCUGCUGAGGCGUUGCUCCUGUACACACUGCAUAUAGUACGUUUCAUGUUAUGACACUGAAGGGAUAAAAAUAUCAAAUAAAACAGAACUGUGUAAACGUUUAA